AUGGUAGGUCCACCAAAGGGAUACAUUGAAGCCAUUGAAACUCGUUUACAUAGAAUGGAAUCUCUCAUAGGUGACUUGGUGCAUAGUAAUGAUCCAAGAGCUGAAGCUUUACCAUCACAUCAUCAUUUAAGUGAAUUAAUUGCAUCAACUCAUAAUUUUGAAUUAUUAAAACGACCAGAAUUAACAGAAUUACCGAGUCAAGAAUUAUCGGAUCAUUUAUUAGAAAUAUAUUUCACUCACGUACAUCCUUUAUUACCGGUGAUUUAUAAACCCAGAUUUUUUGAUCAAUUAAAAGAUAAAGAUCAUUUACCUCACCUAUUAUUAAAUGCGAUUUAUUCAUUUUCGGCCAGAUUUUCCGAUAGACCAGAGGUAAGAAAAUAUUCGAAUGAUCCGAAUACGGCGGGUGAUGUUUUUUUCGAUCGAGCCAAAGCAUUAUUAGAUAAUGAUUAUGAUAAAGCUCGGGUGACCACAAUUCAAGCGUUAGUUAUUUUAUCAUUAAGGGAAUAUGGAAAAUCGAAUGUUACUAGAGCUUGGUUAUACGCAGGAAUGGCUUCACGAAUGUCUCAAGAGUUAGGGAUGCAUCGUAAUAAUGAGAAAUGGCAUCCGAUUGAUUUAUCACGAGAACAAAGAGAAGAACAAAAACGAGUAUUUUGGGCGAUUCCAAGUUCAAAUUUGGGAAGACCAUUAGCUAUUGAUGAAAAAGAUGUAGAUGCAGCUUAUCCAUUAGAAGAUGAUGAAGAAGAAAAUGAUAUAUUACCAUUUAAAAUGGAACAUGUAACUGUUUCUUCUACUUCUUCGCCAAUUUCAUCAGGAGGAGCUACCACAUUAUGUUUACAUAUCCUUUAUUAUUCAACUUUAAUGUUAUUACAUCGUCCAUAUAUUUCAAAUCCUAAUUCAUCUAACGUAUGUACCAAGGCUGCUACGGCUAUAAUAGAAAUUGCUGACACAAUGUCAAAAAGAAAGAUUUUAUUAUUUUGUUUAAAUCCAGUAGUUUAUUGUGUAUUUACGGCAGCCGUCAUUCAUACUUUUAAUGCAACCCAAUCAAAUUCUUCAUUUUCUCAAUCGGCAAAAAUCAAUAUUUUGAUAUGUUGGAAUCAUUAG